CCACCUGUCCAAAUCUUCAACACUCAGCUUUAUCCCCGCGUGGAAAAAUGACUCACUCUCUUUUCUUCACCAUCUUUUUCACAUUUAUAUAUAAUAUAUUUCUGUCUCUAGUUGUGUGUAUACAAAGACCUUGUGUAUGUACUUGACAAAUCAGUUGAAAUGGAGGGCUAUGAAAUUUUAAGAGAUAUUGGGUCCGGGAAUUUCGGGGUGGCCAAGCUUGUCGUGCAUAAAUGUAGCAGCGAGUUGUUUGCUGUUAAGUUCAUUGAGAGAGGCAAUAAGAUUGAUGAACAUGUGCAGAGGGAAAUCAUGAAUCAUAGAUCAUUGAAGCAUCCCAAUAUAAUUAGGUUCAAAGAGGUAUUGUUAACACCAACCCAUCUGGCUAUGGUUAUGGAGUAUGCUGCAGGUGGGGAACUUUUUGAGAGGAUUUGCAAUACAGGAAGAUGUAUCGAGGAUGAGGCAAGGUUUUUCUUUCAACAACUGAUAUCAGGAGUUAGCUAUUGUCAUUCAAUGCACAUCUGCCAUAGAGAUCUGAAGCUUGAAAAUACACUAUUAGAUGGAAGUUCAGCGCCACGUGUCAAGAUAUGUGAUUUUGGGUACUCAAAGUCAUCAGUUUUUCAUUCUCAACCGAAAUCUACCGUGGGAACACCAGCUUAUGUUGCGCCAGAGGUCCUGACCAGGAAAGCAUAUGACGGAAAGAUUUCAGAUGUUUGGUCUUGUGGAGUAACUUUAUAUGUGAUGCUUGUUGGGACUUAUCCCUUUGCGGAUCCUAAUGACCCAAAUGACUUCAAAAAGACAAUCGAGCGAAUACUGAAAGCACAAUUCUCGAUCCCCAACUACAUUCAGAUUUCCAUGGAAUGUAGGCAUCUACUAUCUAAAAUAUUCGUCACAAACCCUGAAAAGGUGAUAAUUAUGUCCUGUAUUGAGAGGAUAACGAUUUCGGAAAUUAAAAACCAUCCUUGGUUCACGAAGAACUUGCCUAUGGAGCUUUUAGAAGGCGGAAGCUAUCAACGCCAUGAUGUAAAUAUCCCAUCCCAAAGCAUUGAAGAUAUAUUAUCGAUACUGCAUGAAGCGAGGACUAUGCCUUCCGAGGCAACCAUAGGUGGGAAAGAAUCAUUUGGAGGUAGUAUGGACUUUGAUUUCAUGGAUGAUGCAGAUGUUGAAGACAUAGAAACUAGUGGUGAAUACGUGUGCCCGCUGUGAAAGUACAUCACUUGUUCAGGAUAUCAAGCGGAUUACUUCUUCAGAAACAGGUUACAAUCCGUUAAACUGUAAACUAGAAUAUUGGAAAAGAGUCUGAUGCUUUCAAGAUAUCUUCAAUCAGUAGUGUCACAUGUAAAGCACGAGACUGAGACCACACAUGUAUGAUGAUGAUCUUCUUGAUGUAACUCGAAUUCAUGGCACAAAGUUAACAUCAACUGCAACACUUUGUAAA